GUGGACUCGGAUCCUGUCCCCCAAGAAAAAGCUCCUCUUUGUGCAGACUAGUACCUGACUUACCUAUCGCUCUCUCUCUCUCAAACUUAAGAGACAUGGGUGACCAAUAUGGCCUGCCGGAUUUCCGGCAGUUCAUGGUCGGAAGAACUCAUUUUCCGUCCAUAGCACAGCCUACCGAGUCGUUCUUUCCUCAAAGGAAUGCGGCAGCUCCACUCCACUACGAGCCUAUUAUGGUUGGAGAGGUUUUGCCUCGAGGGCUUGUUGGGUUUGGCCACGAUUCCCCUAGCAGCGUCACUCCCACAACAGCAACUGCAACCAGUUCAGCUGCUGCUACGCUCUGUGGUUCAGUGCAGAUGGAUAGUGGAUGGAUGGGGUAUGAUAUGGAAAAUACUAGAUGGCCGAGGCAAGAAACUCUAACCCUUCUUGAGAUCAGAUCUCGUCUCGAUUCUAAGUUCAAAGAGACUAAUCAGAAAGGACCAUUGUGGGAUGAAGUUUCUAGGCUAAUGGCUGAGGAAUAUGGAUACCAGAGGAGCGGGAAGAAGUGUAAAGAGAAGUUUGAAAACUUGUACAAGUACUACAAGAAAACUAAGGAACGGAAAUCUGGAAGGCAAGGAGGGAAGCACUACAGAUUCUUCCGGCAGCUAGAAGCAAUAUAUGGAGAAGCAAGCAAUCAUGCCACAGUUUCAGAUACCCAUCUUGCUAGAAACAGCCUUCCUAAUUAUCAGAUUCCACAUAAUGUGAUUAACCAAGAAAAUCAAGAAGUUGAUCUUCAGACCCCAAGGCUAUCUGAUCAGAGCCUCAGUUUCUCUAACUCAUCUGAAUUCGAGACCUCGUCCUCGGAACACAGGAUGAAUUAUCAAUCAAUGGAGAAGCAGAUAGGGAUGAAUGAGAUCAGGCCGGAACGUUACACAAGGAAUAAGAAGAACCUGAAAGCAAAGAUUGAGGAUUUUGUGGACUCACAAAUGAGGAAGAUCAUGGACACACAAGAGGUUUGGAUGGAUAGGUUGUUGAAGACCAUUGAAGAUAGAGAGCAGGAGAGAGUGUUCAGAGAGGAAGAAUGGAGGAAGCAAGAGGCAGCCCGGUUUGAUCAGGAAGUACAUCAUAUCUGGACUAAAGAGAGAGAGUGGGUUGAAGCUCGAGAUGCAGCAUUAAUGGAAGCUUUAAAGAAAUAUAUAGGGAAAGGACUAGAAGUGUCCCAAUCAGCUGAGCCAAUGGCUGUAGAAACUCGAAGCCACACAGAAAACCAGGAUGAAAAUGGGAAGGAAAUUACCUACAUUAACAACAGCAGAUGGACAGAAUUGGAGGUUUCAAGUUUAAUAGAGCUGAGAACUAGCUUGGAACUGCGGUUCCAAGAUGGUGAGCAUUUGGACGAAAGUCUUUGGGAAGAGAUAGCUACAAAAAUGGGUUCUUUAGGCUAUGACAGAAGUGCAGUCGAGUACAAAGAAAAAUGGCAGCAUAUCAGCAUUUAUUAUAACAAGGCAAUAAUGGAGUGUAACAAGAAGCGCAAGGAGGAUUUAGAUUUGAGAACCGGCAGUUAUUUUCAGCAAUUUGAUUACUAUCUUGGACAGGAAGUUUCUAAACAAAGGCCAGAGAGCAUCGGGCUUCAGCUGAUGAAUGAGGGUAGUCUUCCACCUUCAAGUUCCAAUGAUAGGGACCAGGCCGACGUCCAUCGACAUGGCUUUCGCCAUGAAGGCGAAAACUUGUGGGAGAAAUAUGGUGUAAGGUACUGCAAGGGGAAGACCAGCAAGUUUAAUUAGCUCAAAAAAGAAAGGCAGACUUCAGUUCUUCAAAUCUCAAAAUUACAAACCGAAGUAAUUAACUUCUUCAGGAUUAAGGUAAGAUCGAUUUCUGUGGGUUGAUCAAAGAUAGGUUUGCUUUUCGGUGUAAAAGCUUUGUGACUUGGGAUGCAUGUGAAUAUGCUGUUCAUGACUACUUCAAUCUGGAAGCUUGGAGAUUCUAAAUGCCAAAUAUACGACAUCAUGUGUUUUUUCAUGUCAAGAUAUUUUCCGAGGGGAUCAUGAGCUAAUAUCAAUAUGCUAGCUAAUUGAAGUUUGAAAAGGGGUUUGUGCAUUCAGUACCGUUGUUGAUCAAUGAUUCAAUUGACAGAACUGUAGUUUUCAAAGUUUUGUUUUUUCCCCUUUAUUUUUCUGUUUGUAUUCCUCUGAUUUUUCUUUUUACGAGUGGAUUAAUAUUAUCUGCUGCAGAUCAUGACCUUCUAGCUUGUUGAAAUAUGAUGUGCUAGCUAUGACAGCAGAAUAAUAUUCGCCAGUUUGGUUAUGAUCAUCAUAUAUAUUCUGAAUAACUUUCUGG